UUUGUUUAACAACUUGAACGUUUUCAAUUGAGUACUGCAAUUAAAUACACAUUUAUAACUUAUCGUUUUCAGUGCUUGUCAAACAGAGAACAAAAAUUUACAGAUUAAUAAAAACUGCAUUGACGCAGCAGCGUCUUUCUCUUUUCGCGCUUAGAAUUGAAAAACCAGUGCUUUAUCACAGCCAGUUUUUUUUGUAACAAAAAGACGUAUAAAGCCAAUAUAUAUUCUAUUUUGAUAACACAGCACAAACGUAAGAUCUCAAAUAGGAUUGAAUAAAGCCGAAAUUUAUGAAAAAAUGGUUUCUCUUUUUCCUACAUGUAUUACCUAAAAUGUUACCAUUAUCAUUUUUCAACAAGACGUACAAGAUUUUUGUCUCUUACAAAUGUUUGUAUUUGUAAAAGUGUUUGUGUUUAUUGAUAUUUUUGCAGCAAGAAGCGAAUCUUUUUCGCUGUGUGAGAUUUAUUGGCUGCUGUCAAAUUAAGUCAUUUCAACUUCUAAAAAUAUUAAAUCAAAAACAUUUAUCAAAGUUCGGAGUACGUGUUAACUUAUUAUUUUUUAAUCUUACAUCCAUCUUCUGGUCAUAUUUUGCGUCACUUGAAAAUCAAAAUUUGACCCAAUUCAAAAAGAAAUUAGACUUCUUGAACCAUUGUUUCAUACUGACGUUUUUAUAAAUUACGCGCUGUGCAAUUAUUAUUGGGCUAGCCAAUGAGUUUUUUGUUGAAAAUGCUUCAAUAAGCUUGAAUAAGCACCUUUUGAUCUAUCGAUAAAUUAAAAUGAAAGCUCUUUUAAAUCGACUGUUUUGGCGGACAGUCGUAGUUCGGAGCUAAAUUGAGCGAAAAGAUAUGAUUGCCAAUGAUACGCCACAUCUUACGUGUUGUUACAAACAGCCCUUCUGCGUGAAUUUAUGCGACGGUAUGGUGGUGAUAAGACAUUAGCCGCAGAUUUUCGACUAGCUAAAACACCUUAAGCUCGACGCGAGUUAACUGAAGUUAUAUUGGAACUGCUUGUGCUGCGACGUUUUAUCAAUGUGGCCGGGGCGAGUUGCUGUCCGCAUUAGAACUUUGUAGAAGAACCCCGAAAGCUAGCAUGUCUUUGAAGAAUUCUAUGUUGGCUUUCUUACUUUACUACCUGAUUGAAGAGAGCUCGUCUGCAUGUAGCGAAAAAGAGCGUCUAUCGUACGUCUGUAGCAAAAGUGGUUUCUACACAAUACCUAAAAAUCUGCCAAAUGACGUCACAACACUUUACCUCAAUAAAAACUCAAUUUCAGUGCUGAAACAAACAGAUUUCCAGUAUUACACACAAUUGGAACAUCUGGACCUGUCUAAUAACCAGAUCAGCGUCAUAGAAGCUGACACAUUUGUUAAGUUCUACAAGCUCAAAUCGCUUUACCUCUCCGGAAACUCAAUCCAACAUUUAGAGUUCUUCAUUCCAAAAACACUAGAAAUCUUGGACGUUUCAAAGAAUAUACUGACGUCUGUUAAAGGUCACUUCCUAAAUUCAACGACUAAGAUCAGAAGUCUAGAUCUUUCAUCGAAUAUGCUGUCGAAAAAUCCACUUGACAAAAAUGCUUUUGAAGGCAUUCGUACUAGAGAACCGUUGAACAUCGAUUUGUCGAACAAUAAUUUGAUAACGCUUUCACAGGAAGCAAUAUGGCCGCUGUUGACCAAAAACAAAGAUGCUACUCGAUACGAGAAGCUGAAAUUAAACCUAAACGCAAACAAUAUUCACUGUAAUUGCAUGUUGAACUGGAUACCUCAAGCAAUGUCCAUGGAACCCAGUGAGGCCAGGUUUAUGGGUAUUGAUAUUCAAGGACGUUGCAAUAGUCCCAACAACCUUGAGUCUGUUAGUUUACAUGAUCUAAAGGAGAGUCAACUCUCGUGUGUGGGACCGACGAUUGUGCUGCCGAAUAAGAAUGGGUUCUCGGACGUGACGUGGAGGGAGGGGGAGGACGGAAGUGUGAGGUGUAGUGCCUCGGGAGACCCCAAUCCCAGAUACGCGAUGGUGCUCAAUCACAAAAAUAUUAUACUGCCCUCGAAAACAGUGGGACGGUAUAUUUUAUCUGAGAACGGGAACCUUGUAGUGAAGGAGUUACGGUUGUCAGACAAAGGAAACAUCACUUGUGUGGCUGAAAAUGUAGCCGGAUCUGCCACUCACGUCAUAAAUGUCCACGUGGCUCCGCAUCUCACCGGCGCCCAAAAAGCAGCUAUCACAUUUGGCAUUCUCAUUCCAGUCCUCGUAGUGCUAAUAAGUGUGAUCUGUGGAGUAUGCAUAUAUUGGUAUUUCAAAAGAGGUAAAUUCGCUCAGUGUACUCGGAAAAGACGUUCUAGUAGCAUAGGCGAGGAAGCGGAGAGGUUUUCACUUCAGAAUCAUCAUAAGUUGGAGCUUAACAGUGAGCAUAAUACUUUAAGAGUCGGAAGUCACGAUCCAAUACGAGCUGAUUCUCUGACGUACCUAGAUUACGCAACAGGCGGAAGAUCUUCCCCGAUUGAGUCUCGCAAACCAAUGACUGGAAACAUACAUCAGGCUUUUGUGAAUGGAAUGCGACAGUCAAUCGACAAGAAAUCUAGAACUAGCUCGAACCGAUCGAAGGGCGACGAUUUGAACAAAAGUCAUCCCAGUGUCUAUGAUUUGCAUUCCACGCAGUACGCUCCAUGUUUCCGAGAUGACCCAGAUUCAUGCGAACAAAUAAAUAACAUUGGCACUCUAGGUCCACCAGUUUUGGCGUUUGCUAGAAAGUCAAAUACAAUGCCGAAAAUGGCAACGAUAAACCACAUGGGAACUUUCAAUGUCGGAGGUCCGAGGCAAGAUAACGGAACCUUGCCAACUUCGCAGUCGAAUCCGGGGAAGGCAAGCAAGACGCAGAGUUCCAACGGCUCUUCUGUAGGAGUUGCUAGGCCUAUGAUUCACAAUGGAAAUGGAGACUUGGAUGACGGAGUCCUUUCUAGACCCUCAAGCACAAAUUCGAGUAACUACAGUGCCAGUAAUCAUACACAACAGCCAUACCUCUCGAUAAAAAGAGGCUCCGCUAUGCCUACCGUUCCAGCGAAACUAUACGCAAUUCCACUAUACAUUGACCCGCCUCAGUUCAAAAGCAAUGUAAACGGAAGCAACAGCAAUAUACUGAACUCAAACAGUCCAAAUAUGGUGUCUCCUGGAAGCACCACUUCAGAAGCAACCCACAUGAGUUGAUCAAAUUAAGAAUCGACGAGAGGAGGGGGAGGAUGAUUUUUCCAAGCAUUCUAUCUAUCGUUUCUAAUUUAUUACCUUUCUUCAAUUAGUUUCUGCUCAGUUAGUUGAUGAUCACCUGCUCACAUUCAAUACAAUUAGUACAGUCAUAUUUAUGUUUGUAUAGAUUACUGAUGAUUUUUAAAUUGGAUUACGCAAUUUUUGUAUAUUUUGCAUUUAUAAAUUUAGUUAUAUUUUGAAAUUGAAGAAUUGAAUUUGG